AGCAGCACUGAAUACUGUUAACAGGACAGCACUGAGCUGCUUUAUCAUAUUAAUAAUUCUUAACGACGCUUGUCUAAACUACUUUACACCGUGCUGUGCUGUUUCAGCGAUGUCUCUUUAAAUGAGGGAGCGUGUGUAAUAAGUGUGGCUGUGGUUGGUUUUCUUCAGCUCUGUCUGUUAGUUCGCAUUAUAUCCGAUAAACGCGAGCAACGCGCAGCGCGUGCACUUCAAAACAGAACGUUCGGAGUCUGACAAACAAACAGAGCGCUUUACGUUUCUGUAGGAUGGAAAAACGUGUUUGUCGUUCUAUUCGGAUUCCGGAGCAACAUUUUAUUAAUUUGAUCAGUAUGUCAGUGGAGCUUUGAACUUUCUGCUUGGAUGCAUGAGGUGUGAUAGGACUAUUAACUGCCUGGAGCAACAACUCGAAGCAUUGAAUACACAGACUGGAUGUAACCUCUGACUUAGGCUAACCCGCACAAUAACUCUUCUUAGGCUAUAUAAAGUGCUUUGUUUUGGUCUGUAACUGUGAUGCGCGCGGUUGCUUUAGUAAGCAACUAUCAGCGCAGACGGAGCAUCUCAGUGAAUCUACUUCCAGAUGUCCGUCUCUCUCUGCUCGUAACAGGUGGAGCUCAUUUCACUCCAUCUGUCCGCUGCUGAAGUGGCAUAUAUGGGCAACCAGGUUGACAAACUGUCACACCUAAGUUACGCCGAAGUUCCCACGACCGACCCUAACGGGCUCGACACGGAGGAAGACGGCCCGCGGAUCGGGGUCUCUUACAUUUUCGCCACCGACGACGACGAACUGGACGAUAAUCAUCAUCAGCAUGUCGAUGGAUCGGGGCAGAAGGAGGAAGAGAAGCACUAUGAGCUGGACUGCGCGGUUUACCACCGAGACGAGUGCAUUUAUGAGAGAAGUAGCAACACUACGGAACAGGAGACGUUCAGCCCGGAGAAUUUAUUGAACAAAUGUAAGCCCGGGGACGUGCUGGAGUUCGUGUCCGCCGGGCAGUACCCGCACUGGGCUGUGUACGUGGGGGACUUCCAGGUGGUGCACCUGCACCGGGCGGAGGUCAAGAACAGUUUUCUGACCGAUGCUAGUCAGGGCAGGAGGGGCAGGGUCGUAAACGAGCUGUACAAAUACAAACCCCUCAGUCCUGACAUGGUGGUGCAGAACGCGAUGGAGCAGGUGGGGGCCAAAGACAGAGAGCUAAGUUGGAGAAAUUCGGAGUGUUUCGCCGCCUGGUGCAAAUUCGGUAAACGGGAGUUCAAGAUGGGAGGGGAGAUACGGAUAGGAAAACAGCCGUACAGAUUAAAGCUCUUCUUGCCUGACAAACAGUUUCAUGUGCUGGAGUUUCAGAGUUUGGAGGAUUUGAUCAUGGAAAAGAGGAGAAACGAUCAGAUCGGCAAAGCGGAAGUUUUACAGGAGUUGGCACAUCAUUUGAUGAAUAACGGAAGUGAAGCGAACGUUCAUUGACGUGCAACAGGUAGCGGACAGAAAUGUAUCCCAAAUAUGAUUCUAAUGAACCCCCUCCAGAACAUUUAACUGCAAAUAUUAAAUAAAAUGUUUUUUUUUUUGUUCAAAGAAAAUGACAGAACUCCAUGAUACAAUACUAGCUCUUCAUCAUAUCACUGCGCCGCUCCCAUAGAAGAUGUUCUCGUGAAAGGGACUACAUCUUUUAGUGGAAGGAUAUUACUUAAAUAAUUAAAUAAUGAUAAUAAAAGUUUAAAUAUAAAAAUGUGUCCUCGAUAUUUUUAAUUUGUUGCAAUCUUUAUAAAAACAAUAAAUCACUAAGACCAGCUGCAUUGUGAAUAUAGUAAUGGGUGAAAGAAACAGCCCAUAUUGACAAUUUAUUGCAUAUGAUGGGUUGGUUAAGAUGUUUCAGAUUGUAACUUAUUGUAAGCGUUCUUUUCAUAACAAUUAAGAAAAAUUUCCAUUGCUUUAAUGCAAAGAUAUGUUCUUAUAGAUUUUGUAAUGUUGUGAAAAGAUAUAUCAUAGCAGGCUACGACCACCUUUAAUUUAUGUUGAUUUUAUUAAAAUAAAAUGCAUUGAAAAUAGUGGAAAUAGCAGUCUAGAGUCUAGACCUAAGCAGGCUGAUUUAUGGUAAUGAGAAUUGGGUGGUAAAACUUGCUAAAUUGUCUUUAAAAUAAUGUUACAUAAAUGUAUGCAGUCAUGGCCAAAAGUUUUGGCAGCAACAUAAAUUUCGUGUUUUGCAAAGUUUGUAGCUUAAGUUGUGGUGUUCAUUCACAUUGCAGGGGUUAUGAAGAACUUUAAAUAUUGACUUUUUUUUUUUUUUGCCAAUAAAAGCCUUUAACACUCA